GAGCGCGGCGGGCGGGAAGGGGCGGAGAGCGCGCUCCUGCGGAGGACGCUGUGCUCAUCCCGGCGGCCGAGCGCUUCAGUACUCGCCGGGCUUCGCAGAUGGCUUGCCCCGCUCUCGGUCUGGAAGUCCUUCAACCCCUGCAACCCGAACCACCUCCGGAGCCUGCCUUCGCCGAGGCACAGAAGUGGAUCGAGCAAGUCACGGGUCGAAGUUUUGGUGACAAAGACUUCCGGACAGGACUAGAGAAUGGAAUCCUUCUUUGCGAGUUGCUGAAUGCUAUAAAGCCAGGACUUGUUAAAAAGAUCAAUAGAUUGCCUACCCCCAUUGCAGGAUUGGACAACACCAUCUUAUUCUUGAGAGGCUGUAAAGAGCUUGGCCUUAAAGAAUCUCAACUCUUUGACCCAAGUGACCUCCAGGAUACUUCCAACAGGGUCACUGUCAAGAACCUCGAUUAUAGCAGGAAGCUGAAAAACGUGUUGGUGACCAUUUACUGGCUGGGGAAAGCUGCAAAUAGCUGCACAUCCUACAGUGGAACCACACUGAACCUGAAGGAGUUCGAAGGAUUGUUGGCUCAGAUGCGAAAGGAGACUGAUGACAUUGAAAGCCCCAAGCGCAGCAUCCGAGACAGUGGCUACAUCGACUGCUGGGACUCUGAACGCAGCGACUCCCUCUCUCCUCCUCGCCACGGCCGGGAUGACUCCUUUGACAGCCUGGAUUCUUUUGGCUCCCGCUCCAGGCAGACACCUUCGCCAGAUGUAGUUCUCAGGGGAAGCAGUGAUGGAAGAGGAAGUGAUUCUGAAUCAGACUUGCCCCACCGGAAGUUGCCAGAUGUGAAGAAAGAUGAUAUGUCCGCACGACGGACUUCUCAUGGUGAGCCGAAAUCAGCAGUGCCUUUUAACCAGUACCUCCCGAACAAAAGCAACCAGACAGCCUAUGUCCCAGCCCCUCUGAGAAAGAAGAAGGCGGAGCGGGAGGAAUACAGGAAGAGCUGGAGUACGGCCACCUCCCCCCUGGGCGGGGAAAGGCCCUUCAGAUACGGUCCGAGAACUCCUGUGUCAGAUGACGCAGAGAGCACGAGUAUGUUUGACAUGCGGUGUGAGGAGGAGGCAGCGGUGCUGCCGCACAGCAGGGCCCGCCAGGAGCAGCUGCAGCUGAUAAAUAACCAGCUGAGGGAAGAGGACGACAAAUGGCAAGAUGACCUGGCUCGCUGGAAGAGCCGUCGAAGAAGCGCUUCCCAGGACUUAAUCAAGAAAGAGGAAGAAAGGAAAAAAAUGGAGAAGUUGAUGUCUGGAGAAGAUGGGACAAGUGAACGGAGGAAAAGCAUCAAAACUUACAGAGAAAUUGUCCAAGAAAAGGAGCGGAGAGAGAGGGAGCUGCACGAGGCAUAUAAGAAUGCAAGGUCGCAGGAGGAGGCAGAGGGGAUCCUCCAGCAGUACAUCGAGAGGUUCACCAUCAGUGAGGCUGUCCUCGAACGCUUGGAGAUGCCAAAAAUUCUGGAAAGAAGCCAUUCAACAGAGCCAAACGUAUCCUCCUUCCCCAACGACCCCAGCCCCAUGAAAUACUUGCGUCAGCAGUCAUUGCCCCCGCCCAAGUUCACUGCCACGGUUGAGACCACCAUCGCUCGCACCAGUGUCCCAGAGAGCAGCGUAGCAGCAGGCACUGGGUCUCCAAGCAAAACCAGCACUCCAAACACGGUGCCUAUGCUGACACCCAGGCCUUACUCCCAGCCCAAAAACUCUCAAGAGGUUCUGAAGACGUUUAAGGUCGAUGGGAAAGUCAGCAUGAAUGGAGAAACGGCCCGUGGAGAUGAGGAAGGAAAGGAAAAAGAAGACCCCACAGCGGUGGCCCCUGGCCCGUCCUUAACCAAGUCCCAGAUGUUUGAAGGCGUGGCCACGGUGCAUGGCUCUCCCGUGCAAGUGAAACAAGGCAGCAACAGCAUCGAGAUCAACAUCAAGAAGCCAAAUUCUCCUCUCCAGGAACUGACAGCAGCCUCUGAGGAAACUGAGUCAAACGGCCGAGAUGAUGAGAACGGUGAAGAGAGCUCAGGGGCACGGGAUGUGGAGCCGGAUUCGGCAGAGCCACAGCAUUUUACAACAACCGUGACGCGGUGCAGCCCAACCGUGGCCCUGGUGGAGUUUUCUUCCAGCCCGCAGCUGAGGAAUGAAGUACCAGAAGAACAAGACCAGAAGAAGCCAGAAAACGAGAUGAGCGGGAAGGUGGAGUUAGUGCUGUCCCAGAAGGUGGCAAAGCCAAAAUCCCCAGAACCGGAAGCAACCUUGACAUUUCCAUUUCUUGACAAAAUGCCUGAAACUGACCAACUACAUUUGCCAAAUCUCAAUUCUCAAGCGGAUUCCCCAAGCAGUGAAAAGUCGCCCGCGAGCACGCCCUUUAAGUUCUGGGCGUGGGACCCGGAAGAGGAGCGCAGGCGACAGGAGAAGUGGCAGCAGGAACAAGAGCGUCUGCUCCAGGAGAGGUAUCAGAAGGAACAGGAUAAGCUGAAGGAGGAAUGGGAAAAGGCCCAGAAGGAGGUAGAAGAAGAGGAACGCAGAUACUAUGAGGAGGAGCGUAAGAUAAUUGAGGACACCGUGGUUCCAUUCACUAUUUCCUCGAGUUCUGCAGACCAGCUGUCUACAUCCUCAUCUGUAACUGAAGGCAGCGGGACAAGGAAUAAGAUGGACUUGGAAAACUGCCAAGACAGAGACAAAGAGAGAAGACAGAACACGCCCCUCCAGGAGAAUGACAGUGACUCAUCACUCAAAGCUAGAGAAAGUGGCCUGCCCGAGGAGCACAGCAGCCUAACUCAAAGUCCCUCAGCUAACUCUGAAAACUCCAUGUCAAAAGGAAUUCAUCAGGACCAGCAGCCAGAGACAGAGGCUGGGGCCUCACACUGUGGUACAAACCCACAGCCAGCUCAGGAUCCGCCUUGGAAUCAACAGAUCUCAAACCCACCAACAUCCAAGGUGGAAGACGUGAAGCCCAAAACCCUAGCCCUGGAGAAAAGCGUUAAUCAUCAGAUUGAGUCUCCGGGGGAAAGGCGGAAGAAAAGCCCUCGAGAGAACUUCCGGGCUGGGCCCCUGUCCCCCUGCUCUCCUACCCCUCCUGGCCAGUCUCCAAACAGGUACAAGAGGUCUAUAAGCGGGAAGAAGCUGUGCUCCUCCUGUGGGCUUGCUUUGGGGAAAGGCGCCGCAAUGAUCAUCGAGACUCUGAAUCUCUACUUUCACAUACAGUGUUUCAGGUGCGGCAUUUGUAAAGGACAGCUAGGAGAUGCAGUGAGUGGGACAGAUGUCAGGAUUCGCAACGGUCUCCUAAACUGUACCGACUGCUACAUGCGAUCCAGAAGUGCUGGCCAGCCUACAACACUGUGACGAGGUUGGGAGCUUCCGGGACACUGAGCAUUUUCUCUGCUAAGAGUGUCCCUUGGCAACUGCUUUAUUAAACCCCAAGUCCAGGGGCUUCUUGGCACUCAGCUAAUUUCUGGAAGACUCUCCUACAAGUGGUAUCAGCUCUUUUGUAUUGUAGCACAACUUUGUGCUUCUGGUUGGGGGGGUGGGCGCGCUGAUUUCUUUCCCUGCAUUUGCACAGUGUAUACAAAAGAAUAAUACGUUGUAACGAUCCUGAACACUUAACAAAUGGUUUUAGCAUGGGCAGAGAGGCUUACGGUUGAAAAGGUGUUAUUCUCUUGUUUGGGAAAUAGCAAAAGGGUGCAAUAAACCUGUUGUGUUUUAGUAUUUCUAGAAAUUAAACACGUGAUGUUUACGGAAUUGAGCUGCAGGAAGUGCAAGACAAUGCCAAUUUAAGUGAAUGCAUUUCUAGAUGUCCCAGCGAGUUCUGACUCGGAACUGUAACUUUUUUUUUUUAAUGCAAAGACACUAGUCCUUUAAUAUAUACUGUACUCCUGAAAACAUUUGUGUUACUUACCUUUGGGGGCAGAAGUCCUUCCAAUAAAUUAUCACACUGUUAGUAGUAGAUUUUGUGUACCCUAGAAGUCAUGUCAUUGGUAUAGGCUGGUCCCAUCAAAUAAAGAGAUUUCCACUCUGCAACGUGGUGCGAGGGUAGGAAGAAACGGGAAGGAAUAGGUCAGCCAUUGUCUUCAGACUUACGAGGCAAUCUAUGAGGAAGUAUAAUCCACAGUGAUGGUCAGAAGUGACCUUGAGGCUUGGGUUGCUUUCUCCAAGUAUUGGGUUAGGGCUUGUUAGUGAGGGACUUGAUGUGAGGAUGUGGGUAUUAGACAUCGAGGACAGUCCAGUUUUUAGGAACGAGCGCAUCUCGUGUUUGCCUGCAAGUUCUCCUUGAGGGCCUGAAGCCCAGACAUCCAAAGAAAAGCAUUAAGUCCGUCCUAAACAGAACAGAUGCUAUGAUGUGACAAGCCAGCAACCUGAUCUGUAAGUGGCAGCAGCAUGGCCGCCCCUGCCCUCUCUCAAGGACCUGUGUGCGCCUUCAUCCUCCCACGUCACCUUCUUUAUCCUCAAGAAUUCUGGACCUGACUCACCGAGUUCAGAAAGGGGUGCCUGUGGAAGCCUGGUUUAUUGUGUGCCCUGUGUGAUAAGUUUCAUCUGGACACAAGGAAUGCAGUGGCUAAACCAUCAUGACUUAGCCUCCAGGCUGCUUUCCCUGAGGCUGGGGAAAGAACUAUUUAUUCUGCCUUAAAGGGAUGGCAACUGGGUUGGAGAUGACGUCAGGCGAAUGUAGACUAUGGGUACACUCCUAGUAGGCUAAUGUAGCAUAGAAAGAGAGCAGGUAGGUGUUUUUCUGUUAUGUAAGCAAUAACUUUUCCUGUGUCUUAUGGAGUAUGGCUAGCAAUUAUUUAUUUCCAUGCUAGACGGUUCUUUGCAUGUGGGUUCCUUAAAGGUGCAGACAUCCCGGCCAAUGGAGGUCCACUGGCCACUCUGUCAUUUGGACGAGCUGUUACUGGAUUGAAAUUCACACAUCAUUUCACUAAAAAUUGUGCCUUAGAAAACGCAAAGCUGUUGCACACAGUGAUGAACGGCAGAUUCAGAACACCGAGGGGAGAGGACGUCGCUCCCUUGUUCCCACGGCUUCUCUCGGAGGUGUUCGCUGCUUUACAAGGAGGAAAAAAAAAUGAAUAAAAGAUUUUAAAAGACAAAUAAAAAAAGGAAAAAAACUUAAAAAGAAAAAGAAAAGUUUUGAAAAUGUACAGAUCAAGUCCAAUAUUUUGAUGAAGCACCUGCAUGUUUUAUUAACUAUUUUAAUAACGUGGAUGUUUACACUCUGCAUGAUACUAACAGAGUACUUUAUGGGAAACGAUGCACAAGUCAUGUACAGUAGGGUCACGCAUAAGCGACUUUUAUAGAACACUUUUUACAUGCGCGAGGCCAUCCGUUGUGUCAGGAGCACACGAGCACUGCACCUUCCUCCGGUUUCACAAAGCCAUUCACUCAUAUCUCUUAGUGAGACUCACUGAGCGUGCACUGAAGCUAGACUGGAGUCAAGAGAAAUAAAACCCCAUUCCCUGCGUGCAGAACAUGCUUUCCCGUAAUGAACGCUAGUCACCAGCCUGGAAUCAUCUCCAACGUCUUCGAAAUUCUAAUUGCCAACCGUUUCUAUUUCUAUUUGAUUUCUAUUUCAUUUAGAGCCAGUUACAUGGCAACUUCGGCAGGCUACAUCUUGCCGUUUUUCCAAGGCAGCAUAAAAGACUAUGAUCUAUCUUUCUUCAAAUAAUAUCUGAGAUCCCAGGGAGAAAAAAAUGCUCUGCUAUGUGGAGCUGUAAUGUAAAUGUGUUUGUUUAAGAACCAGACAAGGCAAGUGAGCGAUUCGUGGCUCCUACGGGACCUCCCCUCCCAGACUCCAAAGGCUUCUUCCCCAGGGACAGAAAUGGGUGACUGUUUCUCACUAGCACACUUUCACGGCAUUUGUCCUCCUUUCUGUGUCGUGUCAUUAACACGAUACAUAGUCUAGUUCUCAGUACAUGGCGUACGAUUCAGUGAGCCGAAGUGACCCACUCUUUGCUGUGAGUCCAUCCAGGAGGACGUCCCUGUUCUGGGUGGCGGCGUUCUGUAUCGGUUACACUAACUUUCAUUCACAAUAUUUAUUCUAAAAUGCCUCUGAGAAAUAGUUUAAAAAAAUUAAAAAUGAAAAGUUGUCUAAGACGCAACAGCUUUUAUAGUAAAUGUACAUUUAUAAAUAAAAGACUCAAACUGA